UUUUUAUAAACUUUAAUGAAAGACCGGUUUGUUGAAGAGGAGAAAGACACAGAAGAAUACACUCUGGACUGGAGCAAGAUUGGAUUGACUCAUUUUGACACUUUUGAUGAUAAGGAGAAUGGCCUUAGCAAUAGCUUCGAGGAGGAAUUUGUUACUGAGCAUCAUUUUUGGAAGCAGACUGGAGCGAAGGGUUCCAAUUUUUGAAUAGGAGGAAUUCCGGUCAAAGAAGAGGAAGACACUUGGGCUCCACCAAAAUUUUCAAAAUACUCAUUUCUUUCUAAUGAAGAUACUAGGAAUAUGCAGAUUCAGAGGGAGGGUUCUAAUAAUGAAACUAAGAAGCAGCAAGCUCUAUUCACUCAAUUAGAAACCCCUACUCCAAAGCCAAAAACACCAUUUGCAAAUUCAUCAAUUUUGAACAUCCCUUCACAAAAACCUACACAUUUUCAACCUCAUCCCAAACCAGCACCAAUAACCUCUAAACCACCUCUAAAGACCUCAAAAUCCUACUCCCAACCUCAACCUCUUCCUCGUUCCUUGCCUUCAUCAACCCCACCCCAGGAUAAAAAUUUAGCUCCAAAGCCAAUAAACUCGCUCUCAAAACUCAAAAAUCAACUUCAAAAGCCAUUAGUCCUCUCUAAACCCUCUCACAACCCUAGAUACCCCCACACAGGACCCAAAAAGCACUCUACAGCACCAAGACCCAAAUUUCCUCCUAAAAAACCUAAAAAUGCUAAAAACAACUACAAAGACUGUAGAAUCUCCCUGAAGGCCAUCAGAUCAGGGACCGACACUCGUAGCUCAAUAAUGCUUAAAUAACAUCCCGAACAAGUACGAUCAAAAAUCCCUGCUGAAAGAGCUAGAUCUGACUACUGAAAAUAAGAUAGAUUUCUUCUAUCUCCCCAUUGACUUCAAGAAUCACUGCAACAAAGGCUUCGCAGUUAUUAACUUCAGAGAAUACACUGACAUCAUCGACUUUUAUGAAGAAUGGGAAGGCAGACAAUGGGGUAAGUUCAACAGCAAGAAGAUAGCAGCCCUCGCCUAUUUUACGAAGCAGAAUAAGGAUGAACUAGCCUCACACUUUUUGAAAACUCCUGUAGCUGGAGAAAGAAGUUCUAAAGUCAAAGCUCUCGUGUGGGAGUAGGACUAACAUGGAUCUGAUAGUAUAAUUUUGAAUAAAUUCACC